AUGCCCCCGAGGCGGACUGCCAUGCAUCGGGCCACGUCUUCACGAGAACUGCGGCCCAUGACGGAUCUACAGGGACUAGGGGAUGCAAGCUCGGGUGUCAGAACGCCACAUCGGUGGUCAGCUUCAGUAUUUCCUCUCACCCGGCCCAUGGACCCCUCCCCAACGAUGCCGGGGGCUGGGGGUCGACGGCCGUUCUCUUCAUCUGGACCAUCCUCACAUUCAGUGCCGACACAUCCACAUGCACCCCCGGCAUACAUGCCCUUGGCCGGCGGAUUUAACCCAGCACUCAAAGUAAAUGCCAUGCCGGGUGGCAUGGAGCGACGGUUCCCAACCUAUGGGGGCGUUCCAGCACUGCCACCACCAACAUCUCCGCCUCAACAUCAACCCCCGCCAGUGGGAAUGUCCUUUCUUCCAUAUACUGAAACUCCCAGCACCGCCAUCCGCCCGCCAAUGGGUGAUCCCAGAGUCCCGUUGUCGCCCCAUGACCCAUAUCAUGUCGAAUCCCCAGUCCGUCUCCCUCCAAUCCACCAGGCCACCGCCGGACCUCCACCUCCCCAUCACGUUCAUCGCCUAAGCGACCCAUACCCAUCAACAUGGACUCUCCCCGGCCGAGAAGACAGCCUCCACGAUACCCGUCCUCCUCUCCACAGAUCCGCAGGCCCAGCCUUCAACUACUCUCUUCCUCACCAGCGUUCCUCCUCUAUAACAAGCGCGAACAUGGACCCCACACCCCGCCACCUAGGACCAGUCGAGCUGCCAUCUCCGAUCCAGAUAACAGCAGGCAGCUCACCUUCAAUACCUCGAGCCGAGCCCCCCAACGAAGCCGAAGGUGACAGACCCAUCAAACGACGUAAGAUGGCACUAGACGAUAUGGUCAACGGGUAA